GUGACCAACAACUUCUCCUGUGCAAAAGACAAACAACCAAUGGGCUCCUCAAAGCUUAUUGCAGCAGCUCUGCUCCCUGCUCUCCUCGCCCUCCAUCUCCAGGCUCCAACAAUGGCCACCGCGGCAGGAAACUCCAACCUCUUCCGCGACUACAUCGGCGCCCUCUACAACGGCGUCACGUUCAUGGACGUGCCGGUGGACCCGCGCGUCCGGUUUGACUACAUCCUGGCGUUCGUCAUCGACUAUACCACCGCGACGGAGCCCCCGACUCCGACCAACGGGCGGUUCAACGUGUUCUGGCAGGACACAGUGCUCACCCCGGCCGCAAUUGCCGAGGUCAAGCGGCGCAACCCAAACGUCCGCGUGGGUGUCAGCCUCGGCGGCGCCACGGUGAGUGGCAGCCCUGUGUUCUUCAACGUCACCUGCGGCAUCGACGCCUGGGUGCGCAACGCCGUCGAGUCGCUGACGGGCAUCAUCCAGCGGUACGGCCUGGACGGCAUCGACAUCGACUAUGAGGAGUUCCAGGUCGACCCGGCCACCUUCGCGGAGUGCGCCGGCCGCCUCGUCGCAGCGCUCAAGAGCAGCGGCGUGAUCAGGUUCGCGUCCAUCGCGCCGUACGGCAAGGCCGACGUGCAGCGGUACUACCGGACGCUGUGGGCGGCGCACGGCCAUGCCAUCGACUACGUCAACUUCCAGUUCUACGCCUACGGCGCGAGCACCACCGCUGAGAAAUACGUGAGCCUCUUCGACGAGCAGAUGUUCAACUACCCGGGAGCCAACAUCCUGGCCAGCUUCAGCACGGCGGCCACGAACACCACAGUGCCGGUCGGCACCGCGUUGAGCGCUUGCCAGACUCUGCAAUCGCAGGGCAAGCUCUACGGCAUCUUUCUCUGGGCUGCAGACCAUUCGAGGAACCAAGGAUUCAAGUACGAGACGCAGGCGCAAGCACUGUUGGCUAAUGCUACCGGUUACUAGUGGACCCGUAGCCUCUUGGAUGGAUUGAUUUUCGACUGAAACCAUGUGAAAUAAAACAUCUGUCCGAUUUUAAUUGUUCA